UGGAAAUGAGAGAGGUCAACAGAGAAUGGCCAGAAUGGUUCAAACUGACAGAGUCUAUGGUAACUCAGAUAACCACUCUGUACAAUUGUGGUGAGAAGAAUAGUAUCUCAGAAUGAUAUUCUGAGAUGCGGGUUGGUGCUGUUUUAUCGGAACGAGGGGGACCUACACAAUAAUAGGCAGGUGGUUUUAAUGUUGUGGCUAAUUGGUGUAUACCACAGUUAUGAGAAGAAAAAAAUAUUUGCUUUACUUGAGCAUUGCUUUAUUUGAUUUUGUUUUGUGUAAGCUUUAUACCUUUAUUAAAAAUUACUUAAAAUUAUUCUUAAUUUUUGUUGUUGUUGUUAAUUUUAUAAACAGUUACUCGUUCGUUUGUUUACGUUUUAACAAAGCCCGUUAUGGGGACUUUUAUGUCAAUAUGUUGCCCGCCAUUUUUAAACUAAACGAACGGAUGUUUAUUUCUGUCUUCACACUUUCAGGGCACACGACGUUGCUAAGGAGUCUGGAAUAUAAAUAGAAAUGGUGUGUUUACAUGGAAAUCUAAAGAGAUGUUUUCUCCGCUUGAAUUAAGAGGUAUACUUUAAAGUCGGGUUUAUCUUUAUCCACAUUGUUUUCCCGCAUAUAUACACAUUUUAUUACAUGCAGUUAGUGGAUGGCACAGGCGGUUUGUUAGCCUGGAUGCUAAACAUUUGCAAACGGUUGAACUCGUUAUGAGUUUGCAAAAGUGUUUUGUCCAGUAAGGUUAGCAGCAUUAUCUUCAGAGUUGCAUUAGCAAGCGAGCUAACGAACGCCUACCAAAAGAUGUUGUACAGUUAUUUUCAGGAAAGAGCUAGAGAAUUGUUCACACUAAUCAUUAGACCACUUUAACGUGUUUGUCUAAUGAUACAUUUUAGUACCUCUCGAAGCUUAUUAUUAAACUUCAGUGUGUUUCGUGGUCAACCCCAUUAUAUUACAGUAACAGAAGUUUUAUUAAAAGGCAACGGACAGCAUUUCAAGAGAGGGGACAUGCACACUGACCUGUUGUUGAGAGCUAUUCAAAGUAUUGCAAUUAUCAGUAGCAUUGAUAAAAAAAAGAAGAAGAAUCUCUUAGAUCAUGCCUCUCAUUGCACUGACAUUGUGCCACAUUCAUGUGGUGUAACGUUACUCUUUCCACUGCAACCAAUCCUAAUCUCUCAGAAUUUUUGGCCCAGUUAAAAGUAUUCCUUUUCAAAGUGUGUCAGUUCACAGCCAUGCCCUACAAUUUUUGAAGAGCUGUGUGAUUCCACCCCAUUCCAUAGUGUUUGUCUGAUAAAUGAAUGACUGUCGCACAUUACCAGCUAUUAUUGCAGCAGGCAUAACAACUGAAAACUCAUGUAUUGACCUUUAUAGCAUGAAUAAUGUUUUCGAUCCUAGUUUAGAUUUUGCAGUAAAUCAUGUAAUUUAACACUAUUACACCGCUUUUAUGGCUGUUUCGUUGAUUUAUUUACGUAGGUGCUAUGAUUUUUCAGAGAUCCUGAACUCCAAACAUUUUUGCAGUUGUAAAUUUGCUGCUAUUAUUAUUAAUUAUUUUUAUUUUUUGCCUAAUGCACAAAGAUGAAAAAUUCACAAUGUAUAAUAUUUAUUUUAUAUGUCAAACUCUGCAGUUGCACUUCCACGAAAAAGUAGAUUUGUACAUUUUCCAAAGAAAAUGUGAGCGUUGUUUGCUAAAGCCUGGCCAUUACUAUGCAGUUGCUAAGGUGCACUGAGUGGGUUUGGGUGGUUGCUUACUGGCCCCACCCCCAAGUCUUUGAUAAAGAGUAUUUCUCUCUACAUGUGGUUCAGGUCCUUUUUUCGGUUCCACCAGGUGAAAAUUUUAAGUUAGAGGGCUUAGAAAAGUAAUAGCAAACCGCAUGAUCUGAGGUAUCAAUUGUCGUAUAGUAUGGAUCCACUGAUACCUCUUUUUCUUUUCUGGACAGAUUCCGAUACCUGAAAUCUCAGUAUCGGCAAUACCGAUCCUAUGUUGUUGUUGUUGUUUAUUUCAUAAUCAUUUUAUAAUAUAUAAUCCUCACUCUGUUAUACUAAUUGGGGGUAUUCUUUUAUAUAUGAAGAAACACAAACCUUUAUUUCAAUAUAAAUGUAAAGUAAAUUCAGAAAAAACUUUAUUGCUAACUAGUCUACUGGUCCUGGAUAAUGUAGCAGCAAAAUUAACAAUAAUUGCAGUCAUCAGUAGAAAAGAAGCCUGUUUUAUUUUUAUUUUAUUUUUUUAUUAUUUUUAACUCACAAUUUUUUCGCUUUAGUUGUAAGAUACCAGUCCUCUUUUCAUUCACACAGUUAUUUUUUUGGAACCCAGUCAACAUAAAUAUUUUUGUAAUUUGAAAACAAAUAAUGUUAAUAAUAAUAAUAAAUUAUUGACUUUUAGAAUUUUAUAAUGCAGUAGUAAAAUAUUUCAGUCAUGCACCUUUAAUUUUAAACCCUCUGGCUUUUAUUUUGACAGUCGGAACACUUCAGGAAGUCCUGUAAGUGUCUGUAUGUGGGCUAGUCCACAGUAGUUUAAUUAGCUUCUUAUUCAAAAUCUGGUGAAAUGCUCCUCUGGUGCCGUUCUUAUUAACCCUCUGGGGUCGACGGACGUGCCGGCGCGUCCUGCUGGAUUUUUUCCUCAUAACAGCGGAAACAAUUUAAAAUACUCUGUCAUUUUUGGGCAUACAGAUAAGUGUAAGACAUCAUUAGAGACUAUAAAGGGACUACUUUUAUUUGUGUACACUCACAAUAACAACAAAACCUUGUGCUUUUGUAAAAUAAAGAAAAUAAACAAACUCCACUAAUACUUAUCAGACAAACAUGAAACAUAUGCCUAAAGAAAGCUUAAAAUGUCUACUUUUAAAUAAAACAAUUCAAAUUUAAAACAAAUAUUCUCCUGCAAUGUAUCUGUAUGAAACAAAGCGAUGUAAAGUUUCUCCUGGCUCAGCUAAUUAUCCCUAAUGUGAUCACACCCACCAGCAGAGCACGCUAUUCAUACGGUAAUGUGCUGAGGCGAUCAAUGCAAAUGGUAAAUGCCCCCAACAAUGCCUUAAAAAGCAUCAAGUUCAUUCACUUUUCUGCGUGUUUGGAAGAUGGCACACUACACAGGUGAGGAAGCUCCUGGAUAGUGACGAAGAGUUCACAUUUUCCUCAGAAGAGCGGGAAUCCGACGAGGAACUUUGCAUUUUGAAAAGCGACUUGAUCCAGCUGAGGAUACAAUUUCGGAUGAAACUCUGUAUAUUUGUGGUGCUCUGAGACACAAUAACGUCAUUCAGGAUGGGCAAAGAACAGAAAUGCAUUCUUUGUGAAACUGUGUACAGCUCCAAAAAGGAGAUGGAAGAGCACAUGAGAAGUAUGCUGCACCAUCGGGAGCUGGAGAAUCUGAAAGGCCGUGACUGUGGACAUGAGUGCCGAGUCUGCGGCGUGACAGUGGUGAGCCUGACCGACUACGCCAGUCACAUUUCCAGCUCGAUACACAAACAGCGCAUUGAGGAUCCUAAGCACCAGCCUUUAAAUGAAGACAGAGAUGAGGAGUACUUUGACAAAGAUUUUGUGCAGCUCAUUGAAGAACGCAAGGAAAUUAUCAAAAAAGAAGAGGCUGCUGCAAAGCAGGCUAAAGAGGAGCAGGAGAACAUUAGGAGGUGGCAGGAGCAUCAGGCUCAGUGGCAGGGGCCAAGGCCUUUGAUGUGCCAGCAGUAUGGCUCUUGGGACCAACCCUACCCUAAUUUCCCUCAGCUGCCCAAAAGGGGCAAAGGCUCCAAAUGGCAGAAUUUAAGAUUUUCCUCCCCUGACAAUAGCAACUGGUCUGACCCUAACCGACAGAUUCGGGGUGCCACAUGGCAUGCUGGAGGACCUCCUGACUUGCACAGAUGGGGAUCCAUGGAUCGACAGGGAGGGAGUAUGCACAAUGAAGGAAACUUCUGGGGUGGUAGACAAGGUGACUAUGGGGUCUGCCCACCACAACUGAGAAAUCAGUUUUCCUGGAAAAACAGUCAAUAUAAUUUCAGGCAAGGACAAUAUAUGUCACCUGGGCACUUUAAAUCUCCUGCAAGAGAGCAGCCGGGGACACCCAACAGCAUUGAAAGUCAGACAAAGGGCCAACAGAGUGUAGAAGAAUCUGGUAGCAAGCAUGAUUACAACAAAGGUAAUGAUCAGAUGUCAGAAAAUGCUCACAGAUGGGCACCAUAUCCACCAGCUAAACUUGGUGAUUCUUCAUCUCAAACAAUGCCUCAGCCAACCUCAGAUAAGUCAGAUGUGGAAUCUCAAGAAAAUUGUAAAGCAAAGAGUUUUAACAAGAGCAGCCAGGACAUGGAAAAAAAAUUCAAGGCAGACCAGAGAAAUUGGCAGCAUAAACUCGCAGAGCCCUACCAUGAAGACAGUGAUUGCAGGCAGAACCAGAAACAGUCCUUCAAUAAUUGUGGCAGUAGUAGCACUGAUAGUUUCACCUUCUCAUUGACUUCCAAAAUUAAACGAUCAGAGAAGCCUGGCAAGCAUCCUGAAAAUGGGGCCUCUUGGAUGCAUAGUUCAAAGCCUAAUUCCAGACAAGUGGCAACUCAAGACUCUGUCAGUUCUAAAGGCUCUCUGCAUUCCCAUUCAAGCUUAGAAUUCCCACAACAUGCCAUCUAUAAUGAAGAGCAAGAGCAUCUUCUGUCAGAGAUGUUGCGAAAAGCCAAGGAGACCUUGCUUAAUAGAAAAAGCUCAGUUCACACUUCUGGCCCAGAGGACUACCCUAAAGAAACAAAGACUGGGCCUCAGACUAAGGAACCCCAGCAAGCAGAGAAUUUAGAGCUGAACAAGAAUACAAAAUUACAUGAACGUAAGAAGAAACUGAACAAGCACAAGGUACAAGAGGGGCAGGCUUUUGAUGAAGAUAUUAGCAAUGACAAGCAACAAUUCACCAGUGCUAAGACAUCUUUACAGAUUGGCAGUUUGCGAAAUAACACUAGGCUAUCUCUGCAGUCCUUGCAAGUUAGCACCUCCACUAUGGACCACGAAGAUGAGGAAUUUGGCAAAAGGGAAGAAAACCUUCCCAUACCAGUCCAAGAUCAAGCCAUGGUCAUGCUAGAUGAAGAUAUGUGCCCACUUGAUGAGGAAUCCCAUAGUAGUCUAUCCCAACCAACAGCAGGCUGUUCAGUGCCCCCUUUAAGCAAGCUUGCCUUGCCUGCAUGUCUCAAAAGGGAUCUGAACCGCCAUAUGGGUACCAAAGGCAAAGCAGCAGCCCAUGAACCCAACUUGAAUAUUGCCAGGCGUAUUAGGAAUGUGAGUGGCUCACGUAAGAGUGAAUCAGAGAAGGACUGUGGACUCAAGCCCACUUUGCGGCAGCUCAUUAGCUCCUCUUGCUCCCGGCGGAUUGUAAACUGGGACCAGGUCUAUCAGGAAGUCAGUCGCAAGAAGCAAGAGCAAGGCAAGGGCUUACCAAGAUUUGGUAUAGAAAUGGUGCCCUGUGAACCUGAGGGUCCUAACCAAAUGAAUGAAAAUGAUGACCCUCUUUGUGAGGGCUUUCACUGGGACUCUCUGUUGGACUUCAGUCAAGUGCCUGUCCCUUCCCGCAAGCGUAGCUUGUCUGAAAGCAGUGUGGUAAAAGGUCACUCUGCUGGCACAAGCUCUCUCCUCAAAACUGUAGAUCCAGUGAGGGACUCUUCUCCUAGCAGCCCCUCCCAGCAACUAAGGAGAGAAGAUCUGCAGCCAAAAGGUGAUCUUGAGAUACAGGGUUCAAAAUGGCCACCUCAGGGUCCAGUGGAUGUUGAAGGAGACUGUGGUUGUACAUCAGACACUGAGCUAAAUGACACACAAGGAGUUGGGAAGAAACGCAGAGCACCUGGGGAUGUUUUGUCUCCAGAGAUUCCUAAUGAAGACAGGAAAAGUAAGAGGCAAAAGAUCAAGGCUAAGAAAGAACGCUGUCAAGUGGAUCAGUUGCUGGCUGUAUCUCUACGUGAGGAGGAGCUUGACAGUUCUCUUCAGGCAGUGGAUAGCAGUCUUAUUCAGGCACGUGCUGCCCUGCAAGCUGCCUAUUUGGAAGUGCAGCGCCUGCUUACGGUGAAACAACAGGUAACCACAGAGAUGAACUUCUUGAGAACCAGGCGAAUUGAAAUUCUACAAGGAAUGCAAGGUGAAUUUGAGUCGCCAGAGAGAGAGAGGAGCAAUGAGGAGGUUGUGACUCCAUUAGCACAAGUUUCUCAGUUUACCUCACACCCCCUUCAGCCAACCACAGCUGCCCACUCAAACUCUUCUUUCCCAACCUCCCCACUGGUUGUUAACAUCAAACAAGAGCCCACCUCUCCUAAUAACCUCACCUCUGAGCAUGACCUUGUCAAGUGCUCCAUCCCAGGACCUCAUAACACCACAUUUGUGCAAACAGGGUUUGCAGCUUGUCAGACAGAUACUACCUUCAAGUACGGGAUGGACCCUUCCCAAGACAGCACAGGCAUGUCUUUGAGUGCAGCUCAAUCUGAUCAUGUACUGCAGCCUUCUUGCCUCAAAGAAAGCCGACAAAGCUCUCAAGAAGGGUUAGCGAACCUUUCUUCCCCACUCAUGUCUGUAACCCUCUCUCCCAAGCCGCAGUCUCUCUCUAAUAACCCAGAGACUAAUUCAGUUAAGCGUGUUCGGAAGUUUAAAAAGAGAAAGUACCUUAAGAAGGUAAAGGGGAACGAACAACCUGAAAUCAGUGAUUCUGAGCUUGAUGGAGAGCAGCCCGUCUCUCGACCUUCCCGCAAGUACCGAUCUCAUCAGAGAUCCAGUGGCACCAACACCUCACCCUCAACGCCAGAAGAGAAGGAAGAAAAAGAGGAUUUGUUGAUCACUGAAGCUUCAAAGAAUGGACCACAGGAAACAAAGUUAGCGCCAUCACCAACAAAUGAAGCUCCCGACUCAGAUUCCUCUGAACUGGAGAUGGUGGAGCUUCCCCCGCCCUUGCCCACUGAUUUUGUCAAUUUAGAUUCUUCAGAACCAGAUGAGUUGAGGCCUGAAGAGAAGUUAAAGAAGUCAGCCACUGCGGCCAAAGAUCAUGCAAUCACAGACCCCCAAAAUCUUGCCUGCAAUGAGGUCACUUCAACCAGUGAAAUCAACACCUGCAGUUCAGUCAAGGCCUGUGAAAGUGAAAUAAAGUCCACCGCAGUGAUGGAGUCCAAGGUGCCUUCAGAUAUGUCAGAUCGAGGAGAGGAGGUGUUGCCUACAGAAGGCGAGUUUGAAGGCCAUAAGGAGGCAGUGAAUGGAAUACAGAUCCAUAAUGGACUGCUGUACACCUGCUCCGGGGACCGCACAAUACGUGCUUUUAGCCUGACUAGUCGUAAGUGUGUGGCUGUGUUUGAGGGUCACAGCAACAAAAUAAACUGCCUGUUGGUGUCGUCUGGAGCAGAACUGCAACAGUGUCUGUACUCAGGAUCAAGUGACCAGACCAUCCGCUGUUACAGCCUCAAGACAACAGAGUGUCUGGAACAGCUGUCUCUCCCAGACCGAGUGCUCUGUCUUCAUAACCGUUGGAAAAUUCUCUAUGCCGGUCUGGCCAACGGCUCUGUCAUCACCUUCAGUCUCAGGAACAAUAAGCUGUUGGAUGUUUUUGAGUGCCAUGGCCCACGGGCCGUGAGUUGCCUGGCGACAGCUCAGGAAGGGGCUCGGCGUGUGCUGUUGGUCGGCUCCUACGACACCACGAUCAGCGUUAGAGAUGCUAAAAAUGGCCUACUGUUGCGUACUCUAGAGGGCCACACUAAAACUGUGCUCUGUAUGAAGGUGGUGAAUGAUUUGGUGUUCAGUGGCUCAAGUGACCAGUCUGUACAUGCACAUAAUAUACAUACAGGAGAACUGGUGAGGAUCUAUAAGGGUCACAGUCAUGCCGUCACUGUGGUGGCCAUAUUGGGAAAGGUGAUGGUCACUGCAUGCCUGGACAAACUGGUCCGUGUGUACGAGCUCCAGUCUCAUGACAGACUCCAGGUGUAUGGAGGACAUUCAGAUAUGGUGAUGUGUAUGGUCAUCCACAAGAGCAUGAUCUACACAGGCUGCUAUAAUGGCAGUGUGCGAGCUGUCAGAUUGAACCUGAUCCAUAACUACCGCUGCUGGUGGUACGGCUGUACAUUAAUCUUUGGCGUGAUGGAGCACUUGCAGCAGCACCUGCUGGACGACCACACCAAACAGCAGACGUUUAAAUGCCGCUGGAGAAACUGCGACUCCUUCUUCACCACCCGCAAUGGCUCCAAACAGGUGGUUCAUUCUCACAUGCAGAAACACGUCGAGGAAGACAGUAACAUGGAGACAUAAGGGGCCAAGGGACUCUUUUCCCAUAUUGGGAAUGUCUCAUUAAGCCCUCACCAGAGGAGCCCUGUUCAUGGGCAUGUUUUUAUAUGAGCCAUCAGCUACCAAUAACUCCCACUUAGAUGAAAGAAAAGAUGGCAGUAAUGGUUUAAUCCUACUGAGAAAUUAGUUUUAUGUAAAGCAAAACAGUGUCCUUAAAAAAACAAUCUAGAGAGGUUUGUAGAUAAUUGUUGCAUCGGAGAUUUAUAUAUAUAUAUAUAUAUAUAUAUAUAUAUAUAUAUAUAUAUAUAUAUAUAUAUAUAUAUAUAUAUAUGAAAAUGUCCUUCUCGCUAAGUGGAGUUAUUGGUAUUCUGAUUAUUAGAGGAAGUAAUUUACCUUUGUCUCCUCUUUUUCACUUCACUCUAUCAGAAGUGUAGAGUGUGCUCGAUUCUUUUAUACUGACAUGCCAUUGCUCUGAUACUGUCCUGCAAGGGAUGAAUUUCUGCGCUAUUAGAGUCCUCCUAUAUUUUGUCUUUCGUCUGAUCAUACACUGUAUUGUCAGCUCUGAGAUUUACUGACCAAAUAAAGAUGACUGAAAGAAACAAACUGUGAGAAACAUUUGGGUACCAUUAUAGCAGAAGAGUUGCUGCAGCUCCCUCAGCGCAACGCAUAUAGCUCAGAAUUGUGUCUGUAUGGCUUUAAAGAUGCUUCUGAUCUAGAGUGUUUUAAGAAAGCAUGAUAUUUGUGUCUCGUUGAGCAACUAGAUUGUAUUUUUGGACAUUGCAGUCUUUUUUUAAUAAAGGCCAUCUCUUCCUCAUGUUGCAUCAGUUUUUUCCCCUAACAGUUUCAUGGUAUUAUAGCUACACCCAACAUUUCAGUCUGGUUUCCAAAUACAAAAGCUGCUUUAGUCAAGUUGUGUCUGGUGGUUUUAUUUGUUUUUUCUUUUUCUUUCUGUUAGUGUUCAUUUAUAUGUAAUUGUUUGAGUGGUUUCAUGGUUUCCUCACUAUUUUAUUAGGCUAUUUUUUUUUUUUUUUUUGGACUCUAUGUGGUUGCUCACCAAAGGUGAAGCAAAGUUGAAGGAUUCAGGCGUGCCAUAAUUAAGACUGUGGUUGAAAUGUGUUUGCUGUGCUGUUGACACAGUGACAGUUGGUGUGUGUAAGCCUUUGAGAACAUAGAUUAAUGUGUUUUAUGGGUUAGUACAAGAUUUUUUUUUUUUUUUUUUUUACUUAUUGUUUUCCUGUUGUGAAGGAUUGGGUUUGUUUGUUUUCACAGUUGAGAGUAUUCUGUAUGGGCUUUUGUGCCAUUGGGGUGUGUAGUUUUAUGAAAGUACAGGUGGGCAGGGUGGCACAUAGCCAAGUGCACUCCACUCUGCAGGAGAAGACUUUUAUUUUGCUGUUUGAGUAUGGAAGUUGCAUGGGAGGUCAACAUGGGAGGUGUUUUUAUGCCGUUGGGAGCGUUUUACCUACCAUGCCAUAAUCCUCAAUCUAUUACCAGCACACAAAUACAAAAAUGCCUACGUUAGUAUAAUAUAAACUGCUAACAUUUGGUUACAUCUUAAUUUCAUAAAGAUGUGAUUUCACAGCUUUCUAAUAGUAGGUUUUAUAGAAAGUAACAAUAUCUCUGGACAUUGAAGGUAGAACAUUUUUUCUCCCUUUAUGUGUUUUAUUUUAAACUAUAAGUGGUCACUUGAGGUUUGUUUUUUGGUCAAAUUGUGAUAGAUACAUAGCUUGUUAUUCCACCCAUUCAUAACCUUUGAAAAUGCAACUCAGCUCUUUAGCUAUAAUUGUGUGUUGCUGAGGAAAGAAUGCAGUCAAUCUCUUACCUGGUAUUCCCAAGUUUCUCACAUUUGUUCAUUUCAAAUGCUGUUAAAUUGUUAUCGACUUUUUGUACGCAAAUGCUUUUUGAAAAAAAAAAAAAUGCAAUAAAAGGCAAAAAUUGUCUAA